AAUUGAGGCUCGGUUAUGCAUCAAACACGACUAUGGCUGCUCUAAAUCUGAAACUGCUUCCGCUUUGCUUACGUAAUUGGUUCGCACUUCUAGCUAUUCACAUAGUCAAACAAUUCUAGAUCCUGCAGCAUUUCUCAAAAGAAGUUGGCUGGCUUCUGGGACCCGUUAAGAUCGCAGCCCACAACCAAAAGGAUGAGGACUCUUGUUUUGUUUGUCCUCUCCAGCUCCUAAUUCUCCCUCAACUCACACUAUCGUUAAAUCCAAGUACAACUCCCACCCUUUUGCUGUUGAGCAGUAACAUUUAACAUUUCGAUGAAAGAUUUUAAGUUUCUUCUUUCUUUCUUCUCUGCUUUCUUCUAUUGUUUCGUAGUCUCCAUUGCUGUUGAUACUUUAGCUGUCAACCAGACUAUCAGAGACGGCGAAACUAUUGUUUCGGCUAGUGGCAGAUUUGCUCUGGGAUUUUUCAGCUACAGCGGUUCAAGCAGUCGAUAUGUUGGAAUUUGGUACCCUUUCUCCAAUGAAACUGUGGUUUGGGUAGCCAACAGAGAAACGCCACUCAAUGAUUCGUCUGGUGUUUUACAACUUACCAGCAAUGGAAUUCUUGUUCUCCAUAAUUCAACAAAAACUCUAGUAUGGUUCACCAACACCUCAAGAGAGGCGCAGAGCCCAGUAGCUCAACUUUUGAAUUCAGGAAAUCUUGUUAUUAGAGAGGUAAAUGAUACUAAUGAGGAUAAUUACUUAUGGCAAAGUUUUGAUUACUUGAGUGACACGUUUUUACCAGGCGUCAAGUUUGGCAGGAACUUGGUAACUGACCAUGAUCGAUAUCUUGUAUCCUGGAAAACUCCCUCUGAUCCUUCUUUAGGAGAUUUUACAACUAGGCUUGAUCCCAGUGGGUAUCCCCAAAUCUUUAUCAGGAAAGGUGACAAAAUAGAGUUUCGUUCAGGACCCUGGAAUGGCCUUAGAUUCAGUGGGAUGCCUAAUUUGAAAGCAAACCAAAUCUAUAGUUAUGAGUUCGUUUACAAUCAGGAGGAGAUAUAUUACAGAUAUGAUCUUGUUGGCAACUCAGCUAUUUCGAUGAUGGUGCUAAACUAUGAAGGUGCCUUCCAGCGUCUUACAUGGGCUAAUAGGACUCGGACUUGGAACGUGUACUUAACAAUACAGAUGGAUAGCUGCGACAGAUAUUCAGUGUGCGGUGCAUAUGGCAGUUGUAACAUUAACAACUCGCCGGCAUGUGGUUGCCUGAGCGGUUUUGUACCCAGAAAUGAGCAAGCUUGGAUUUCAGGGGAUUGGAGGGACGGAUGUGUUAGAAAGAAUGAAUCAAUUUGUGGGGCAGGAGAAGGGUUUCAGAAGAUAUCAGGUGUGAAAUUGCCAGAUACAAGAAAGUCUUGGUUUAACAGGAACAUGGAGCUUAGCGAUUGUGAGAGAAUGUGCCUGAAGAAUUGUUCUUGCACAGCUUAUUCAACUUUGAAUAUCACAGAUGGAAGUGGAUGCUUGCUUUGGUUUGGGGAACUUGUUGAUAUCAGAAUCUACAAUGAAGAAGGCCAAGAUUUUUACAUUAGGCUAGCUGCAUCUGAUUUGGAGUCGAGCGACUCAAGUCACCACUCUGGGGGGCAAACUCGAGCUUGGAUCAUAGUUCUCUGUACAUUGGUUGCGGUAGCUGCUUUACUAGGCUUUUGCCUGCUGCUGCAUAUCAGAAGGAAGAGGUUUCAGAGAAGAGGCAGCAUAGCAAUGACUCAACAAAGAGGUUAUACUGAUGAAAGCAGGAAAAAGGAUUUAGAGCUGCCAUUAUUUGACUUGUCAACAAUAGCAAAUGCCACAGACAAUUUCUCACAGUACAAUAAGCUUGGAGAAGGUGGAUUUGGACCUGUCUACAAGGGGACACUGAAAGAUGGGCAGGAGAUUGCUGUAAAGAGGCUAUCAAAGGAUUCCACACAGGGACUUGAUGAAUUCAAGAAUGAAGUGAUCUUCAUAGCUAAGCUUCAGCACCGAAACCUUGUAAAGCUUCUAGGUUGUUGCAUUGAGCUAGAAGAAAAAAUGUUGAUCUAUGAAUAUAUGUCCAACAAAAGCUUGGACGCUUUCAUUUUUGAUCAAAAGCGGAGAAAACUGCUGGAUUGGCCUAUGAGAUUCCACAUCAUUAAUGGGAUUGCUCGAGGGCUUCUUUAUCUUCAUCAAGAUUCCAGGCUGAGAAUCAUCCACAGAGAUCUAAAAGCUAGUAAUAUAUUGCUGGACUACGACAUGAACCCAAAAAUUUCAGAUUUUGGCAUGGCAAGGAGUUUUGGGGGAAAUGAAAUUCAAGGAAACACAAAAAGAGUAGUUGGAACAUAUGGUUACAUGUCACCAGAGUAUGCAAUCGACGGUCAGUUCUCAAUAAAAUCUGAUGUAUUUAGUUUUGGUGUUCUGGUGCUAGAGAUAGUUAGUGGGAAGAAGAACAGAGGAUUCAAUCAUCCAGAUCACAGGCACAACCUUCUUGGGCAUGCAUGGAGACUCUAUCUGGAAGAGAGGUCAAUGGAAUUGAUCGAUGAAUCUAUAAAGGAAUCAUGCAUUUUAUCUGAAGUGAUGCGUUCAAUCCAUGUUGGUUUACUAUGUGUGCAACAGAGUCCAGAUGAUAGGCCUAACAUGUCAAAUGUGGUGUUGAUGCUAAGUAGUGAUAUUCCAUUGCCUGAAGCAAAAGAGCCUGGUUUUUUCACUGAAAGGAAAGUGUUGGACCAUGAAUCUUCAUCUAGCAAGGUUGAUUCAUGUUCAGUAAAUGAAAUGACAAUCACGUUGUUAGCUGCAAGAUGAAGAACACUUUCUUAUUUUCAUACCUUAACUGAUUAUUUGCUUUAUACGUACCCAACUUGAAUAGAUUUCUGUAAAUCAGUGGAGCCAAAAUGAGUUAAUCCACUAGUUUUUUAUUUUGGUUUUCAAGUGAAAUAGACAAGCAAUGAUGUAUAGAUGUUGAAAAUAAGCAAAAGUCAUUUUCCAGCUAGAAUUAAAAAUGUCAAAACAAUUCAAUAAGCCCCUUGACUUUUUAUAAA